UUCUUGAUGAGUAUUGGCGUCUUCUUCACCCGGCCACUGGCCAUACAUACUCUUUCUGUACCCUCUGUAAUGCCAUCGCUCAUCUCCAGAGCCAUCGUCCUCUCUCUUCUCCCGCCAUCCUUUCCUUCGUUCAUGGCGACUCUCCCUUCUUUCACCACAGCUGCCAACGUUCCCCGUAAGGCACGUCUGAGAGGCGUAGUAUUUGACAUGGACGGAACCCUAACCGUCCCCGUCAUCGAUUUCCCAGCAAUGUAUAAGGCCGUUCUAGGUGAAGAGGAGUACUUGUCCAUCAGGUCCAAGAGCCCAGCUGGUAUCGACAUUUUGCAUCAUAUUGAGAAUUGGAGCCCUGAGAAGCAGCGUAGAGCCUAUGAAGCAAUUGCUGAAUUCGAGCAACGUGGACUUGAGCGCCUCCAGAUUAUGCCCGGUGCAUUGGAACUGUAUCAAUAUCUUCACUCAAGGAAUAUUAGAAGAGGAUUAAUUACUCGCAAUGUCAAAGAAGCAGUUGAUUUGUUUCACUCAAGGUUUGGGAUUACUUUUGCUCCAGCACUAAGUAGAGAAUUCCGUCCAUACAAGCCCGACCCGGCUCCAUUGCUUCAUAUUUGCUCGGCAUGGGAAAUUCAGCCGAAUGAAGUAAUGAUGAUUGGUGACAGCCUGAAAGAUGAUAUUGCUUGUGGGAAACGAGCAGGUUCCUUUACAUGUUUGCUUGAUGAAACGGGGAGGUAUAACUCUCCUGAAUACAACGAGGUGGAAUUUCAGCCAGACUACAAGGUGUCUUCUCUUGCUGAGAUUUAUCCCUUAUUGGAAGCCAAUUUUGACCUAAAUCCGUGAUCCCAGGCUCCCCUCCCUGGACUUUGACAGUUAAAACAGUAAAAGCAAGAUAAAUGGAUAAGGCAGCCAUUCUAUUCUAGACUUCUUACUUAUAUAUUGUAUCAUGUACUGCAUACUUUUGGUAGUAUUGUGAUAUUGAAAUGGUUAGAGAUUAGAGUGAAUUCUCACUCACUCUGUCUCCUUUCUUUCAAUGCUUUCUAGUCAGACACUCUGUUCUCCAUUCUUGUAACUGGUGAGAUACCAGAUUGUUGUCUUAUUUUAUAAGUUGUGUUGCUUGUUUUAGGCAA